AUGGCCUGCAGGAAACACAGCACCAUCACUGAGUUUGUUCUCAGUGGGCUGUCCAACGACCCCCACAUCGAGACUCUGCUCUUUGUGUUAGGUCAGGGGAUUUACCUCCUGACCAUCAGGGGGAAUCUGAUGAUGAUGUUGAUCAGGGCUGAUUCCCGCCUCCACACUCCCAUGUACUUCUUCCUGAGUAACCUGUCCUUCCUAGACCUCUGCCUCUCUUCUGUCACUGUGCCUAAGCUACUGAACUACCUUCUGUCUGAGAAGAAAACCAUCUCAGUAGAGGGCUGCCUGACCCAGGUGUUCAUUGUGUUUAUCACUCCAGGGACUGAAGCCUGUCUGCUCUCAGUGAUGGCCUAUGACCGCUAUGCUGCCAUCUGCCACCCACUGCUCUAUGGCCAGGUGAUGAGCAGCCAGCUCUGUGUGAGGCUGGUGCUGGCUUCAUGGGGCCUGGCAUGUCUCAGUUCAGUCGUGAUCGUGCUCUUGGCUCUUACCCUGGACUUCUGUGAGGCCCAAACCAUACACCACUACACUUGUGAGCUGCCCUCCCUCUUCCCUCUAUCCUGCUCUGAUAUUUCCAUCAAUGUUGACAUCUUGAUCUGCUCCAUCUUAUUGCAUGGGCUUGGAACCUUCCUCCCAAUCUUCUUCUCCUAUAACCGUAUUGUGUCCACCAUCCUGAGCAUCAGCUCCACCUCAGGCAGAACCAAGGCCUUCUCCACCUGUUCCUCCCACCUCAUUGGUGUGCCCCUGUUCUUUGGCUCAGGGGUGAUUCACUACCUUAUGCCCAUGUCUGGCUCCUCCUUGGAUUUGCUCCUCUUCUUGCAGUAUAGUGCAGUCACGCCCUUGCUGAAUCCCCUCAUCUACAGCCUAAAGAAUAAAGAGGUGAAGGCAGCUGUCAGAAGGACUUCGUGGGAAAUAUCUCUAAGUUGUGACAAAGAUAUGGUUACAAAGACUGUGUUCUUUUGCAUUUCUUCUUUAGUUCCUACUUUCUCCCACACGUAG